CCAACAGGCAGCGGCACCGACGCAAGGAGACACCGACCGAUCCGAGUCCUGUAGCCGCCGCUCAGCGCUGUCUCCCCGGCUGCAGCUCGGAGGACCCGCGCUCCCCGGACACUUUGACAGGAGUUGGUCUGGUUGAGGAGCGGAGCCGCGGACACCGCCCCGGAGCCAGGUGAACUUCAGCCGCCUCCAGGUGCGAGGAGCCGGGAUUGGUGCAGGGUUUGACGCGCGGGCGGACACCGGGGAGCGGCAUGUCUCUCCGGGGGCAGCUGGCUCUCUGAGUCCGAGGAAGUGGACGCAGAGUUUUUAAAUCUCCACCGUGUUGAGCUCCGGGUUCGUCACCAUGUUCCAGCACAGCAGCCACAAGAAAUGCUUCACCAUCGAGUCCCUGGUCGGGAAGGAGGCGGGCGGCCACAGCGGCGGCCCCGGGGACGAGCCCAUCCGGCCCACGGCGCUCCGCUUCCCCGAGUCCCUGCACCCCGCGGCCGGGAUCUUCGGCUCCUGCUUCCAGGGGGGCGGCGGCAGGACUUUGUACUCGGCCGGGCCGGACAUGGUGCUCCAGGAGCCCGGGACGCACACGCAGAGCCCCGGUGGUCUGCCGCUGCACCCGCUGCAGAUCCCCCCGCAGAGCUUCUUCAGCCCGCAGCACCGGGACGCGCUGAGCUUCUACCCCUGGGUCCUGAGGAGCCGCUACCUGGGCCACCGCUUCCAAGGUGACGACACCAGUCCGGAGAACCUGCUGCUCCACGGGCCGUUCUCCAGGAAACCCAAACGCAUUCGGACGGCGUUCUCUCCGUCUCAGCUGCUGCGUCUGGAACGAGCCUUCGAGAAGAAUCACUACGUGGUCGGAGCUGAGAGGAAGCAGCUGGCCAGCGGGCUGUGCCUGACCGAGACGCAGGUGAAGGUGUGGUUCCAGAACCGCCGGACGAAGCACAAGCGUCAGAAGUUGGAGGAGGAGUCUCCAGAGGCUCUGCUGAAGAGGAAGGGCAGUCAACACGUCAGCCGCUGGAGAGCCGCCACGCAGCAGGGCGCCGGCGAGGACGUGGACGUCAUCAGCGAGGACUAGACUGCAGCACACACACACACACACACACACACACACACACACACACACACACACACACACACCUCUGAGGACUGACGAUCCCUGAACACAUCAGGGAGCCAGAGGGACACGGAUCCUGUUGACAUGACGACGGGAACAAAAAAAACUCCUCAGCCCCGAGGGCGGAGCUUAAAACAAACUGUGACUUCCUGUCAGAGUUGGACUGAAGAGGAAGAUCUGACGCGUGUGAGCGGCAGAAAUAAAGAAACAGCUGUUGACUGAAAAAACGAUUUUGGUGCCAAACAAAACCAGCGUCCUGAAAAAGAAAGUGGGGAUGAGAGCGAGAGGAGAAGCUGCGUCGCUGCCGCAGGUUUCUGAGCGUCUGUCGACAGCAGACGGACGACGAGUCGCAGGAAAUCUGCUCCACACGUCUGGAGGAAGAACGUUCACCCUCAAAGUUUCUUUUAACUAAAGUAAAAAUCCUCCGUCUGUGACGAUCAACACUGUUCACACCUGAUUUCAAACCGUCACUGACAGAAACGUCCUGCAGGGGGCGUCAGUCGUCUUUUCUCCUAAAUUAAAUCGUCUCCGUCGUUAGUUUCGAUAAAAACACGUUUUCAGUCUCAUCGCGUUUUGAUCGUGUUCGUUUUCUAAAUUCCGAACAUGAAGAGACUCAAACCAACAGCGUCGGUGCGUCUCUCAUCACCUUCCCCCCCCCUCUCGGUGCCUCUCUCUGGUUCCGACUGAAGAAACAGCUGCUCAAAGAAAAACUAGUUUGUUAGUUGUUUUCUGUUCGUCUGAUCGUUGGUUUGAGUCUUUUUAAAUAACAUUAAUAAAAUAUAAAAUCAACUUGAAGGCAGCAUCGGGUCAAACGUCGCCACAGUUUUCUGUCGGAAACAUAAAUGUUUAACUGUUUCAGGAAGUCAGGUGUGUUUCCGGUUGUUGCUCAGCGGCACUGCGGCAGAGCUGCAGCUGAUCUGUUUCACUUUUCACUGCUGUGAAAGUUUUUUUUAUUGGAAACAAACAAAAAAAAGUUGUAGUUAUUUAUGUAAAAAUGGAUUUGAAAAGUAUUCUAUGCAUCUGAUGUGUAAAUAAUGACGCUGAUAAAAACAACGUGUUUCUCUCUUCAUCUGUUUGUUCUGUUCAUUUCUUCUUCUUGGACAGAUUUACCUCAUCAUCUCCACAUGUAGCACUUCUUCUUCUUUUUUAUUCUUCAUCUUCUCCUUCACUUCUUCUUCUUUGUCAUUUCUACGUUUUCCU